GGUUUUAGCGCUCGGUUUCUGGAUUGUGAGGUUUAAAAAAUUAUGCUUGAAAUGCCAACAUUAUUUUCUUUAUCGAUUGAGGAUCGCCAACGGACGCCCCGCGGCCAUUUGGAAAUACGUUUUUGUCGACGGAGCAGAAAGAAUUCUCGACUGAAAAUUCCAGCGCUCGGGUUAAACGUCACGUGACCAACCCGCGACUGGCUGCUUGGUAAAGAUGGCGGAAGGUGGUUAGAAAACAGAGGAGCCAACAGGGUAAUAUCCCGGUUAAGGCAGCGAUUAACGGAACGCCCGUUCACUGAUAUAUGAUGGAUCCUGGACAGGAUUUGCUCCUAGCAGCCCUGAGCGAGAGCGGCAUCUGCCCCAACGACCUGUUUGACUUUGACCCUCAGGAUGCUGCAAUGCCCUCUCCCACCCCACAGUCCAUCUCCAUCAGUGCCCUGGGUGUUGACUCGGGGAUGGAGCCAACGGGAGUCACAGCUCCACCCAAUCCUACAGGCACAAUCAGGCACAAACCUCAACCCUCAACCACCACAUUUGUCUUAAAUCAACUGAAUCAGUUGCCAUCGCUGGGAACAAUCGUUGUGACCAAGCCCUCAACUGGAGGCACUGCCAGACAUACCAUCACAGUCACCAAGGUAGUCCAUACCACUCCCUCAGCCCUGCGGGGGUCCACUUCCACACUCACCUCCUCCACGGCCCUCCCCUCCGCAGUCUCCACAGUGGUUUCUUCCAGUCUAGAGCAGAUCCAGCUGAAGGACCUGUUGAGGACAGGCGGUCUGAAGGGCAGCACCAUGAAGGGUAGUAGUCUGGUGGAACUCAUGAGGCUCAAGCCGCCUCACGACAUCGCCCAGCCGGUCGCCACAGCAAUAGCCACAGGUACCACGGAACUGAACAACGGGAUAAAGGAGGUGUCGGGUAAAGACUCCGCUCGGGUCUGGGUGAACGACGACGUGAAAGUGCGGAGCUUCUCACCUACACUAAAACUCCCAGGAAUGGAGGAGGAGGCUGAGGAAGAGGAGGAUGAAGAGUUGGGUCAUGCUGAGACAUACGCCGAGUACAUGCCCAUGAAAUUGCGGAUCGGGCUGCGUCACCCAGACCCGGUUGUGGAGACAAGCUCCCUGUCCAGUGUGAAUCCUCCCAACGUGUGGUACAGAAUGUCCAUACCGGAGGAGACCAUCGACCGUGGCUGGCUGUCUGCUCUACAGCUGGAGGCCAUCACAUACGCUUCCCAGCAACAUGAAACAUUCCUCCCUAAUGGCGACCGAGCAUCCUAUCUGAUAGGAGACGGGGCCGGAGUGGGGAAGGGCCGGACCAUCGCUGGGAUAAUCUACGAGAACUACCUCCUGGGCAGAAAGAGAUCACUCUGGUUCAGUGUUUCUAAUGACCUGAAAUAUGAUGCAGAGAGGGAUCUGAAAGACAUAGGAGCCAAGAACAUUCCAGUCUAUUCCCUCAACAAGUUUAAGUAUGGUAAGAUCUCGUCCAAACACAACGGCAGUGUGAAGAAGGGGGUGAUCUUCGCUACGUACUCCUCUCUGAUAGGAGAGAGCCAGUCUGGAGGGAAGUAUAAGACGCGCUUCAAACAGCUGCUCCACUGGUGUGGACAGGUCUUUGACGGAGUCAUUGUUUAUGACGAGUGUCACAAAGCAAAAAAUGUCUGUCCCAUCGGCUCGUCCAAACCCACCAAGACUGGACUGGCCGUCCUGGAGCUGCAAAACAAACUGCCCAAGGCGCGGGUGGUGUACGCUAGUGCCACUGGUGCGUCUGAGCCCCGUAACAUGGCCUACAUGAGCCGGCUGGGCAUAUGGGGGGAGGGGACCCCCUUCAGAGAGUUUAGCAACUUCAUUCAGGCUGUGGAGCGCCGAGGUGUGGGUGCUAUGGAGAUAGUUGCCAUGGAUAUGAAGCUGAGGGGGAUGUACAUCGCCAGGCAGCUGAGCUUCACGGGUGUCACGUUCAAGAUUGAGCAGGUUCCUUUGACAACCCACUACAUCAAGAUGUACAACAAGUCUGUACACCUGUGGGUGGCUGCGCGGGAGAAGUUUCAGGCGGCUGCUAACCUGAUGGAUGCAGAGCAGCGGAUGAAGAAGUCCAUGUGGGGUCAGUUCUGGUCGGCCCACCAGAGGUUCUUCAAGUACCUCUGCAUUGCGUCCAAGGUCCGCAGGGUGGUGCAGCUCGCCAGGGAGGAGGUCAAAAACGGCAAGUGUGUUGUGAUUGGUCUCCAGUCGACAGGAGAGGCCAGAACACUGGAGGCCCUGGAGGAAGGAGGAGGAGAGCUCAACGACUUUGUCUCCACCGCCAAAGGUGUGCUCCAGUCCCUGGUAGAGAAGCACUUCCCAGCUCCAGACAGAGAAAAGCUGUUCAGCCUGCUGGGCAUUGACCUGCCGGCCAUGAAGAUCCCCUUCCCCAGCGAGGCUGCAGCAGAGCAGAAGGGAAAGAAGAGGAAAGGUGCCAACAUAAAGAAGGCAGAGAAGAGGAAGAGAAAAUCAGGUGGUCUGUCGGGGAACAGCUCUGAUGACAGCAAAUCUGAAGAGUCUCAUAAGGACGAUGCGGAGAGUGACGACAGCUUCAAAUCGGUCAGCUCGGGAGAAGAUGACGAAGACGACUUCAAUCCCUUCAAGGAUGAUUCCAGCGAGGAUGAGGAGGAUGACCCCUGGCUGUCUGGAAAGAGGAAAGGGGUGAAGAAAUGCAAGGAGAAGAAGAAGAAGAGCAUUGACCCAGACUCUAUCCACAGUGCCUUGUUAGCUUCUGGUCUGGGCUCCAUCAGGCCUGCUUUCACCACCCCCCCAGUCAAGACCUCCAGCACACCUGCCAUAGCCAAGGUAGAGGUAGAUGACAGCUGUAUGACCAGUCAGGAUGCUGUGGAAGAUGCUCAGCAGAUGAAGAGAGAUCUGUUGGACCAGCUAGAUAAGCUGGCUCAGGAUCUACCUCCCAACACUCUGGAUGAACUCAUAGAUGAGCUGGGAGGACCCGACAACGUGGCUGAGAUGACUGGGCGUAAAGGCCGGGUGGUCAGUAACGACGAUGGCAGCAUCUCCUACGAGUCUCGAUCUGAGCUGGAUGUUCCUGUGGAGAUCCUCAACCUCACAGAGAAACAGAGGUUCAUGGACGGAGAGAAGAACAUAGCCAUCAUCUCGGAAGCGGCCAGCUCGGGCAUCUCCUUGCAGGCUGACCGGCGAGUAAAGAACCAGAGGAGGAGGGUCCACAUGACCCUGGAGCUGCCCUGGAGUGCAGACAGAGCCAUACAGCAGUUUGGGAGGACCCAUAGGUCUAACCAGGUGACUGCUCCUGAGUAUGUGUUCCUCAUCUCUGAGCUGGCUGGGGAACAGAGGUUUGCCUCCAUUGUGGCCAAGAGACUGGAGAGCCUGGGUGCCCUCACCCAUGGAGACAGAAGAGCAACAGAGACGAGAGAUCUCAGCAGGUUUAACUUCGACAACAAAUAUGGCAGAAAUGCUCUGGAGAUUGUGAUGAAGUCCAUCGUUAACCUAGACUUUCCGUUAGUGAAUCCUCCAUCGAACUUCGAAGGGGAUUUCUACAAAGAGAUCCUUCAUGGGUUGAUCGGAGUGGGUCUGAUCCAUGUGGAGGACAGAUCAGGGAUCCUGUCUCUGGACAAAGACUACAACAACAUAGGGAAGUUCCUGAACCGUAUCCUGGGGAUGGCGGUGCAGGAGCAGAACGCUCUGUUCCAGUACUUUUCUGACACGCUGGCAGCCGUCAUACAGAAUGCCAAGAAGAAUGGACGCUACGACAUGGGCAUUCUGGACCUAGGUUCUGGGGAUGAGAAGGUGAAGAAGAUGGAAGCCAAAAAGUUCCUGACUCCAGGCUAUUCCACCUCUGGACAUGUGGAGCUCUACACGGUGAGUGUGGAGAGAGGCAUGGCCUGGGAGGAUGCUACCCAUGCCUGGGCUGAGCAGAGUGGACCCGACGAUGGCUUCUAUGUACAGAUAAGGAACAACAAGAAGACUGCUAUCUUGGUGAAGGAGGUGAACAGUAAGAAGAGGCUGUUCCUGGUCUACAGACCCAACACAGGCAAACAGCUGAAACUGGAGGCCUAUGCCGACAUCAAGAAGAAGUGUAAAAAGGUGCUGUCAGAUGAUGCCAAGCAGCACUGGAUGGACCAGUACCAGUCUUCAGCUGAGAUCUGCUCUCAUGCUUACUGGCGUGGUAACUGUAAGAAGGUGUCGGUGGGUCUGCAGUGUGAGGUGGGUCUGCGCUGCAGGACGUACUACGUGCUGUGUGGAUCUGUGCUCAGUGUGUGGACCAAGGUGGAGGGAGUCCUGGCCUCCGUCAGCGGAACCAACAUCAAGAUGCAGAUCGUCCGUCUCAGGACGGAGGACGGGCAGAGGAUUGUGGGCCUGAUCAUUCCAAUUAACUGCGUCUCUCCUCUGACCAACAUCCUGUCGUCGUCUGACCAGUCUCAGCAACUGGCCGUUCAGCAGCAGCAGAAGUGGCAGCAGCUGCACCCUCAGAGCCUCAGCCACAUGCAUAACAUGGGUUCACCACCCAGUCUGACCUGAUGGGCUUCGACACCCAUUUUCUCCUCCACACCCUGGGUUCUCGACCCAACCUGAUGGGAUACGACAACAUUUCCAUCUGAAUCUCUACCGUGACACUACCCACCACCUCUUCUCCCUCUCCGUUCAUCCUAAGGUGCUGAGUUGUGGUUUUCCCUGAAGCUAAACCACGGUGGCUAAGUUAAGAUUUCAGGGUUUAUGUCCAAAGAGGAGACAGUCUCCCUUUUGACAUCCAGAGGAGUUGGCUUGAAGAAUAAUAUUCCUCUGAGUUUCAGAGCUGAGGAUUUAGAAGAGGCUGCGGUGAUGAAGGGGGGGGGAGAGUAGAGGACGCAUGGAGAAGUGGCAUUAUUAAAAAUGCCAGACUGUUUUUCCUGUUGCACCCCUCUCCCUCAGCUCUAUGUAAACGAUGGGGUGUGCCUUCUCUACUGACGGAUGGGGGAUGUCACCCAGGUUUUUGUUUUCUACAGGUGACUGGACAGUGCUCAGACAGUGCUCAGGUGUUCGUUAAGCUACACAGUGAUUUUUUUUUUAAACAGGUGUUUUACAAAAUGUCUACCUGAGAUGCAUGACCACACACCAACUGCUUGCUUUCUUCAUUUGAGAUUUUACUCUAUCACGACUCAAGUCUCAGGCAUGAUGACGAAAACUCUCACCAUAACUAGAUUUAAAAUGGCACCCUAUUCCAUAGGUAGUGCACUACUUUUGUUCACCAUCGAGAGUAGGGUGCAAUUUCUGAAACAAUCCUUGUUUCUAUCAAACAUUGGUGUAUCCUUUCUACUGACAGAAUUGUUUACAGCUUGACUAUCAAGAAUUGUGAUUGUGCAUGGUUUAAAAUAACUUCAUUUUCCUGCAUUUAUUCCUCUGCAUUCAAAAGAUGUUCAGAACGGGUUGUUUGAUAUGUGGCAUCAGAUUCGAUAUCUUGUACUAUCAAACUACAGCAGAUACACUCCUGGAGUGUUAUUAUACAACUGCACGUGAACCGACAGAUCUUGUUUGUCAAUACAAGCUGUCGAAUAACACUACAUUAAAAGCUAGUAUUCAAGCUAGUUUGUUGAAUUCAAAACGGAUCCCUUUUACCUCAUGUAGGUGUGUAAAUCUGAAAGGAUUGGAUCUGUGGUAAAGAUUGCACCUUGGAGGCAAAGGUGGUAUCAAUUAGCAUAUUCACUGGUAUCUAUUUGAUCCUUUAGGUCACAUGUCAAACUCUUUGCACAGAGGGCCGAGUGUCUGCGUGUUUUCUCUCCCUUGUACUUGAUUGAUUAAUUAAGGUCACUAAUUAGCAAGUACACUCCCUUACCUGGUUGUCUGUCUUAAUUAAAGGAAAAACCAGCAGACACUACUGUCCUAGGCCCUUCAUGGAAUGAGUUUGACACUACUGUCCUAGGCCCUCCAUGGAAUGAGUUUGACACUACUGUCCUAGGCCCUCCAUGGAAUGAGUUUGACAC